AUGGAGGAGCAAGGGAAAGGGAAAAACGGCCAAAUGGCCCCUACAGAGAAGGUAACCAAGGAGUGUGUACAGGUAUCGCUAUCAUCCACCCCUGAGUGGAACCCCUCUCGAAUAGAUACAGCAGAAGCCAUUAUAAGUGUGACUUUAGGAUAUCCGAAAGCAUAUGAAGAGUAUCAUUAUGAGUACCAGACCAAGCUCUACAACAUGAACAUAGAUCUCCUUGCUGCUUUAGGAAAUGAUUCCGAGCUAUCAAGUGUCACGUGGUCACGUGGAAAGUUGGCCCAAUACAUUAGCGGUAUCGUUGUUUCUUCUCAACACGAGACCGCCACCUCAUACUUUGGCCUUGGGAACCUGGUGGACAUCCUUAAGAGACAGCUUCUUCUCUCAUUGGAUUACUUCCGCACCAACAGAUUUGCUUUGUCAUGGAUGGCCAUUGCCAUGUAUCAACAUAACGAGACAUUUGAAAGACAGUCAACACAGCCUUACUAUAACAUUUUGGUUUUAUUUGUGUGGCGUGAGAUAAUGAAUGAAAACAAUACACUCAAUGAGUACUCGCUCGGGUUAGCUGCACAGGCUUUGAUCGCUACCAAAAAUGAAACAUUUCGGCAUGGUAUUGUUAAGUCACAGAUGGGAAUUAUCAGCAAACUCCAGGGGAAGAUUCCAGAGAUCAUGAAGAAAGGAGCUGCAGUAUCACAAAUUCUGCCUGCCCUUGCAUAUAACUCUUUCCUUGACAUUAAGAUUCACUCACCACUCCCCGGAGUGACGGUUACAGCAAACUGCACGCUCAACAUCAAAAUCGGAGUGGAAGACCCGAUUCUGACGAACACCACGCGACAAUGGAAUCGCUCUUUGCUUGUAUCAUCAAACGCCACCCUUCUGGAGGCAAUGGAAGCCCUCCAGAAUGAACCUUCCUCCGACUUUAGUUUUGUCACUGUGCCGACAAGUUUAGGCCCUGUGGUCAUUACAGUCUGUGGAAUACCAAGAAAUGAGACCAAUAUGUACUGGAGGAUUAUGAAGGCUCCGGACAUACCUCUCCAAACAGGUAUUGCAGACACAAACCCCCAAAACAACGACCACUACAUCUUCAAGCUCACCUCGAUCUAACGUCAAUAGACCGUCAAAUCAAGACCUGA